GAGAAAAGUAUCUCGUAUUAAAGACGUCGACGAGCGUAAGUGGGCUGGAAGGGAAGAGGGGGGAAAAGGGAAGGGCGUUUUGACUCUGUGAGAGCAGGAUAGCAUCGCUGUGGUCUCUGCGUAAAGACCCACAGACUCCACUCAUACGCGUUUAUUGACAUCGGCAGAGCUGGUUUUAAUAAGACGCACAGAUCGCGUGUGCAGUUUGCUCCAGAGGUUUGGAAGAGAUGGCGAAGUUUUUCCGAGCUGCUAUCAUGGGUCCACCAGGAUCAGGGAAAGGCACAAUAUCAAAGAGGAUUGCACAGAGCUUUGGCCUGCAGUAUCUGUCCAGUGGACACUUUCUACGGGAGGGUAUAGCUGCAAAGACAGAGGCAGGGCUGUUGGUGGGGUCCUAUGUCGAGAGGGGCAUGCUAGUGCCCGACCUUGUGAUGAACAGACUGAUGCUGCCCAGGCUGGAACAGCUAAGUGGCCACAGCUGGCUGCUGGAUGGCUUUCCUCGAACACUGGCACAGGCUGUGGCUCUGAACAAUUUGUAUCAGCUUGACUUGGUCAUCAGCCUGAACAUCCCCUAUGAGACUUUGAGGGAGAGACUGAGUGAUCGCUGGAUUCAUCCAGCCAGCGGGAGGGUCUACAACAUGGGCUUCAACCCACCACGAGAGCAGGGUAAAGAUGAUAUAACCGGUGAAUCUCUGAUUCAGCAUGAUGACGACAAACCUGAAGCUCUGAUGGCCCGACUGAGACACUACAAAGAUGUGGCAAAGCCCGUCAUAGACCUAUACAAGUCACAAGGAAUACUGUACUCAUUCUCGGGCACAGACACAGACCGGAUUUGGCCUUAUAUCAACACCCUCCUCAGCACCAAGAUGCUCAUAGAGCCAUCAGAUACCUGCCAGACUCAGACACCCUGAUGGGACUCCCAAGAAUGACAAAACCAUGACAAAAAGAAGAAGAAAGAGGAGGAGAAGGGAGUGGGUUUGCAUCUUUACAUGCUUACCUUUCAGCUGAUUUGUGAGAGUGAGAUUUCUUUUUUCUUUUUUUUAAUGAACACUGAUGAACAGGUUUUUGUGAUACAGUCUCAAGUUGGUGAUUUGAAGUGAAUGGGUGUUUGCAAAUAAUUCACUAGCUUUAUACUAUGCUAUCGUGAGACCAUAUAUGCUAUAAUCAAACAUUGAGGAAAAAUCAUCAUUUUGUUUUAUUUUUCUAUUUUUUUCUCUUGUCUAAGUGUCAGAUAUAUCCAUAUAUUUUAAAUAGGAAGCCAACAAUUAGAAGGGGACUGGCAACACAAAAACAAUGCUAAAAUUAUUGGAAACAACUUAAAAAAUAUACAGAAAUCAUAAUCAAAAUAUGAUUCAUUUGUAUAUAUUUGACUAGAUAUGCAUCAUUGUGGCAGCCACAGUAAAAACUUGCUGUAUAGGCAUUGUGACACUCUGACAUUGAGGAACUGUUUGUUUUCCCUGAGUAGGAAGCACACGUUGAAAUAAAAUUUGCUUAGUUCAGCAUCAGCACAAUCUCAAGUGAGCAAUAGCAAUGUUUAGCAAGGCGUCUGUUUUUUUUUUCAUCUUGCAUGUGUGCAAUAUACACCAUUAGGGCACCUGUUACAAAAAAAAGUUUAUAAAUCUUUUUUUACUUUAAGUUUUUCAGCUCAGUGUUCUUAAUAGUUUCUCAGAUGAUAUGCACUGUCUAGAGUUGCUAUUCUUGACCAUUUUUUUGUUGUAAUGCUGCACAAUUUUGUAUGCAAUCACCUUUGGGCCAGUACUCGACCAGUACCAAAGGUCCUCGCUGAUGCUUUCCUGCACUCUGUGGUUGGGAUGAAGACUAAUUCUUUCAAUGUUGUCACAUUCUUUAAAACAUAUUUUGACUUUUUUUUUUUCUUUUUAAAUUUGGAAAAAAUAUUUUUUUUUCAGUGGCCAAUGUUAUUGUGUAAAACACUGCUGGCGUUUUAUGGGGUCAAGAUUAUGAUUCUGACAGUUUUGUAUAUGUAAAGAAAUUUCUCUUUAUUUUUUUAGAUUGAAUGUAUAAAGAAUUGUUGCAGGGUUAACAAAACAUAAAUGUUUAACCUUGUAGAUGUCUUUGAAACUGCUUACCCUAGUGUUUAUUUUUGGCCGAUAAUGAUUUAUUGUAAAAUAAAUUAACUGACAUAGUAUCUUUUGACAAAAAAUUUAUGCGCAACUCAAGUACACAACCUGGACCAAAUAAAAAUGUUUUGCCUAAGAGAUUAAAUGUUAUCGUUCAUUUAAUAUUUUAUGCUUAGUUCAUACUUUGUAGAGUUAUGAAAAGGAAAUUGAUUCUGAUUUAGGGAUAUGCGACAACACAUUUGCGAUUGUUUGAUUUGUCUGUGCCUUUGUCUGGUUUUGUGUUUUCCAUUUGUGGGAUCGAAGGUAACGAUGCAUUCUCUAUGUUGCACAUUUAGCUUUUAAAGACUUUGAGGUGGCUUUCAUGAUGUUGUCAAAAGACCAAAGUGAAAGAGGAAACAACUGUUGGAGUAUAACAGCCUUUUGCAAUUAAACUUUAUCUUUGCAGAUAUGUGUUGGGUUUUUUUUUCAGGACAUGUUUGGAGAGUUUGUUAACCUGUGGGUUUCCUGUGUGGGGCGUGGCACCCACAACUCUGCUGUUGUGGAUUGUGAAGCUUUUUCCCUGUAAUUUCUCAGUGUGCUGUUCUCAAACAUUCCAAGAACAAUAAAGCAAUUAUCUCUGACUGUA